AUGUCCGGUCCGCCGUUUACGGUCAAAGCUCUUUUUGAUUACACGUCAGAGCAUGAAGAUGACCUGAAUUUUCAAAUUGGCAAUGUGAUCACGGUUACUGCGGAGGAGGACGCGGACUGGUAUUAUGGGGAAUACGUCGAUGACUCUGGCAAGAGAAAAGAAGGCAUUUUUCCGCGCAAUUUUGUCGAGAGAUAUGAGCCCACUGCCCCCCCAAGACCGACUCGCCCUACGAGAGCAAAGAAGGAGCCCGAGCCAGCUCCCCCGCCUCCCGAGCCCGUCGCCGAAUCACCCGCUCUUGAGGGGGAUAAAGACAACCAGACUGAGGAAUAUAAACCAGAGCCUGUGGUAGGAAAGGAGUUGCCUCCACCUCCUUCAGCUCCUACAGCAGUAUCGGUAGCCGCCGAAGCAGUGGCUCCCCCCCCAAAACAGCCGGAGCCACAGCAAACAUCCGCUGCAAAGGCACCUGUCCCACCUGCGUCCAGCAAGCCAAGCUCCAACUCGUUCAGGGAUCGGAUUGCUGCGUUCAAUAAACCAGCUGCGGCUCCAAUUACUCCAUUCAAACCAGGUGGAUUGGGCGGCUCUAAUACAUUUAUUAAGAAACCAUUCGUCCCGCCUCCUCCAAGCAAAGAUGCAUAUGUUCCUCCGCCAAGAGAGGCUCCAUCCAAAACAUAUCGUCGCGAGGAAGAUUCCGAAGCUGUCAGUAGGGAACCACCUAUCUCCGAGGUAUCACAGCCGCUACCAGCUCCAGAGCCAUCGCAAGAUGAGGACGAGCCGAAACCUACCAGUCUGAAGGAACGAAUCGCUUUACUUCAGAAACAGCAACUUGAACAAGCAGCCCGUUUGGCUGACGCGGCACAGAAGAAGGAGAAGCCAAAGAAGCCACCAACCAGGAAGCGAACUGACCCUGAGGAUGUCGCUGCUCCCAUUACCGCUUCAGAGGGCGCUGACUUGGAACGUACUGAGAGCCUUCAAACUCCCCGAGACGAACACCCAGCCGCAGAUAGCGAAGCUGUAGAAGAAUCAAGUCGGCCACAACUGGCUAGCCCACCUCAGCCUUCUAGAGAACUAGUCAGUGACACGAACGAUGCUGACUACUCAGGUGCCGGCGACACAGAAGAUGCCGAGGAAACUUCGACUAGCAGGGAAGACAUCGAAGAGCGACCUCGAAGCAAGCACGCAGCGGUGGCGGAUCAGGAAGGGGAAGAUGACAACGAGGAAAACGGAGAAGAUUCUGAUGAGAACCACGAGGAGGAGGAAGUUGAUCCAGAGGUCAAGAGGAGGAUGGAGCUCAGAGAACGUAUGGCAAAGAUGAGUGGUGGCAUGGGCAUGAUGGGUAUGUUUGGAGGAGGUAUGCCGGGGAUGUAUGCGCAAGCAGGCUCAAAGAAGGCCAAAGCCCCUCAGGAUGCUGGGAGAGAUUCUAUCGAUGAACCAGAGCGUGCAGCGCCUCCAUCAAAAGCGCCUCCAGUACCAUUAAUGGCAUUGCCUGGGAUGAAUGUAGGGAAACAAGAGCCACAGGAGGUAGGAAAAGAAGAGGAAUCAGGUCAGACCCCAGUUAGCCAACUGCACUCGCCUGAUGAGGUGCCGGAUAUCGAAGAUGUGACCGAGGAGCGUGAACUUCCCCUUCGAAAAUCGAUUGAUAGAGCUCCACCACCUCCACCACCCCAGGAGCGCGCUGUUCCUCCUCUACCCCCCACAGAAACUCGACCUCCUCCCCCUCCUAUUCCUGGAACUCAGCCGGCACCACCUCCAGCCCCUGAAUCAAGACCUGUACCCAUCCCUACUCAGUCCGUCGCGUCUCUAAGCCCUGGUUCCGAGUCAGAUGAUGAACUUUCAAUUCACACUAAGAACAUGUCACUCGAUGAAGUGGUGUCUGGAGGCACAGCACCUGAAGCACCUCCCCCACCUCCCCGUCGUGCUUCAACAUUUGGAUCUCCGAGAUCCCCGACGGUUUCUGAGAAGCGUUUCAGUCGCGGGCCCCCUCCAAUCCCUACCAACCCACCUCAGUCUGCUUCACCGCCUCAAGCUCGACCACCACCGCCUCCCCCUCCUGGGGUUCUGAGCCGACAGAGCACUGCAGACACCAAGCGUAGCAUUGUCAACUCGCCCACUGCUGUUGUGAAUGAUGACAUUGAGGAUGAAACUACCGAGUAUGAAGCCGACUACGAUACUGAUAUUGCUCCUGGCGCAAAGUAUAAAGAUGCAUUAAAAGCCCACGAUCGGCAUUCUAGUUUUGAUGACGGAGGCGAGGAAUCGUCGCUGCAAUCUCCACGGGACCCUCCGGAUAAUCGCCCACCGCCGCCUCUUCCCCCAACUGCCCCCCAUGCUGUACCACCUCCUCCACCAAGCCAACCUCCUAAGCGAGCAUCUAUAGAUGCCCCUCGCUCUGCACCACCACCGCCACCCCCUCCUGCGAAGAACCUAGUCGCCGAGGAAGAAGAGGAAGAGGAGAAUCACAGAGGUGACGAUGAUGAGUAUGACCCCUACCGAUAUAAUGCUCCUCGGCCUGCUCUGCCCGCUCAACCACCAUCUCUUCCUCCUCUUCAAGUAUCACCUGGGGAUUUGCACGACGACGACGACCUUUACGAUGCUUCUCCUACUCUUCCCCAGGGCCCCCCACCACCACGUCCAGAGAGAGCUGCUGCACCCCCACCCCCGCCACCGACAACCGAUCCCGUAGCAGCACCACGUGGGAGACAAAGCCUGGACAUAUCAAGGAGCCUGACGACUGCUCGCCGAUCGAUGGAUGUUCCCCGUCCAUCGGUGGAUGUUGGCUUCAUUGCAGCCGACGUUGAUCUCGCUGAGAGUAGCUUCUGGUGGACUCAACCAAGUAUUCCGCCCCCAGUGUUCCAGAACCGUAAAGACCUGAUAUAUGAGGUGGAGGAGUCGACAUCGGCAAAGAGAGGUGGAAAGGCCACUGUCAAUAAAGAUGUUUAUGUUAUUUUCGCCGACUAUUCCCAGACUAUCAUCAACGUUCGAUUUGACCCCAAAAACCCAAGCGACGUCUCCUUGGAGCAGCAUCACGAGCCUCCCCCUAACAAGUUACGACAAGACCAACUAGAGAGUGCUCAUGAGCGGUAUGGUAGUCGUAUUUCGGCCGCCAUUGGCUCUAUCCAGAACACCACUGUUGGCGAUGGAACACCCUAUGGUCUGAUUCAGCACUUGCUCGCGCCCCUCCCCGAUGUCCUCGCACCCAUAGGUGCACGAAGCUACGGCGCUCUAGUCUACUCUAAUCUAGCCAAUGCAUCCAUCCAACAAAGCGACGAGAUCCGUGCGGGAGACAUUGUCAGCUUCCGCAACGCGCGAUUUCAGGGUCACCGUGGUGGACUGCACCAAAAGUACAGUGCCGAGGUUGGAAAACCCGACCAUGUUGGCGUUGUCGUUGACUGGGAUGGAACGAAGAAGAAGAUCCAUGCCUGGGAACAGGGCCGCGAGAGCAAGAAGGUGAAGACAGAAAGCUUCAAGCUGGGCGAUCUUAAGAGCGGUGAGGUCAAAGUCUGGCGUGUGAUGCCGAGGAGCUGGGUAGGCUGGGACUCUAAGCAAUGA